AUGGAAUAUGCUGAGGUUUCCAGAGUCUUGUCCAGAGCACACAUGGAAGUGCUUGCCGUUUCUCCAAUUUUGGAAUACCCUUGGCAGCCCAUCUCCAGUGAUGACCGACGAGCGAUCGAUAGCAGCCCCACCGCUGCGCCCACACCCAGACCCCGCUCUACAAACUUCCUCCCAGUCUCCUCCUCCUCCUCCUCCUCUCGAAGUGGUGACAAUGGAGGAAUAGCAGUGAUUCCUACUGGUCAAAAUGAGAGCCCUGAUGUUACCGCGCCGCCUCCGAGACCUCCGAAACCUGUCAUGUCUGGUAAGGAGAGAUGCCUUAACACUCUUCGCCUACCUAUUGCAAAUUUCACUUCAUGUUUAUCUUUCCGGUGA